AUAUUGGACAAUUGGACAAUUGGUAGUUAGGUGGUUUGGUGUUUUGGUGGCGGGAUACCAGAUUACGCAACCAGGAGGAAGAGUUGCAAGUGGAAGAUAUCGCUUUCAGCGGAACCACAGAUAUCAAAUGACAUCGGGGCGGCUUCUUCUUAUAUAUGCCCAUGGCGUCAGGGCCACUGCAAGCAUUUGCAACAGACAACCAUAUUGAGCAGCAUGUUCAGGUUUAUUCACCUCGACAUCCUGGUCAGCCUGUUUGGCUGUUUUGCAUUGAUGCGGGCACAGCACCAGCAGCAAUCCCACCAGCAGGAGCUUUCGGGGCUACAACUCCACCAUCCCCCGUGGCUGUACUCGAUGCCCUGGCGACCUUUGAUCCUGCCCACAGCUAGCCCUUUGCCUUCCUUGGCGGCGCUGGCUCAACUGAGUCCUGGCUACACGGGUCCGCAGACCUUUCCUCCAGAUGCACAACAGGACCAACGAUCACAAACGCAGCAAUAUCCGCAGCAGCAACAGGCGCAGCAAUAUCCGCAACAGCAACAGACGCAGCAAUAUCCGCAACAGCAGCAAUAUCAGCAGUAUCAGCAAUAUCCGCAACAGCAGCAAUAUCAGCAACAUCAGCUGCCUCAGCAAUACCAGCAGGCAAAUCCGGUGCAGUUCCAGCAUCCGUCCGUCCUGGUGGGCUUAUUCACUGCCCAACUGCAGGCCCCGCCGUUGGCAGCUCCUCCUCCACAGGCAGGUCACUUCAGCCUGCCCUUCAGGCCCUCCCCCUUCGCCGGGUACACGGAUGACGUAGAUGAAGAGGUAGCCCAGGGGCAUGGAAACGCUAUACAACAGCAAACGGCCCAGCAGGAACUGGAGGAAGCGCCCUUCCAUGACCAUGCCUAUAAUAAGCCAGUGGCGGAGGGUUCCGAGCAGCCAAGGGGCUACGUCUACUUAGCGCCCAGUAAUGCCUAUAAUCUCGUAAGAACUUAAAGAAGUUAAAGCAAAAGAACCCAUUUGCUAAUU